AUGGAUCUCUUCUCGAGAGUGUUCUACCAGAGCUUAGCACUCCCUGAAAGAGUGAUAGGAAAGCAUCGACAGAGGAUUGCUUCUGAUGUUUGGAGCAUACUCAUCACAUCAUAUACUUGGAAAAAUCUUGAUAACAAAGAUAGAGACAUUUUAGUUGAGAAGGGAGUUGACAGAGAAUUGAAUAUUGACUUUCCUUUAGACGGAGACCGUAGGCAUUUUUCAUAUGCACAUUAUUCUAGAAAAUUGAGUAAUGGAGAAAUAAGUGAUCGAAAAUGGUUGAUUUACUCUAAACUCGUUGAUAAAGUCUUUUGUUUUUGUUGUAAAUUAUUCAAAUCUAAUAGCAAUACGACUUUAUUGGCAAAUGAAGGAUUGAAAGAUUGGAGUCAUAUUGGCAAGAGACUAUCUGACCAUGAAAAUAGUAUUGAGCAUAUGACUAAUAUGAGCUCUUGGAAUGAGCUAAGAUUAAGGUUGGGAAAAAAUGAAACAAUUGAUAAUGAGUUGCAAAAACAAAUUAUGAUGGAAAAAGAACGAUGGCGACAAGUUUUGAUUAGAAUAGUAGCCGUCAUAAAAUGUCUUGCUAAAAAUCAUUUGGCUUUUCGAGGAUCUAAUGAGAAGCUCUAUCAAAAUAAUAAUGGUAAUUUUUUGGGAAUUAUUGAGUUGAUCGCAGAAUUUGAUGUAAUAAUGCAAGAUCAUGUUAGACGAAUUCAAAAUCAUGAAGUUCAUUAUCAUUAUCUUAGCCACAGAAUACAAAAUGAGUUGAUUUCUCGUUUAGGCGUUAGUGUUAAAACUUCUAUCAUAAAGAGAAUUAAAGAAGCAAAAUAUUUUUCUGUAAUUCUUGAUUGCACUCCAGAUAUAAGUCAUCAAGAACAAAUGGUCCUAGUUGUACGUUGUGUGAAUAUGUCCAGUAAUCAAAUAAAGAUAGAAGAGUACUUCUUGGAAUUUGUGAAGGUAGAUGAUACAUCUGGACUGGGGCUCUUUAAUGAAUUGUUAAAUGUAUUAAAACUACUUGACCUUAAUGUUGAUGACAUUAGAGGGCAAGGUUAUGAUAAUGGUUCUAAUAUGAAAGGUAAACAUCAAGGUGUUCAAAAAAGAUUACUUGAAAUUAAUCCAAGAGCUUUAUAUAUGCCAUGUGCUUGUCAUAGUCUCAAUCUUACUCUUAGUGAUAUGGCACAUUCUUGUGUUAAAGCUAUCUCAUUUUUUGGAGUUGUGCAACGUAUAUAUUCAUUAUUUUCGAGUUCUACUAAGAGGUGGAAGAUUUUAAUUGAUAAUGUUCCUUCAUUUACUGUGAAUUUGAAUUUUUACUUGGUGAGAGACGUGAUGUUAUAUUUUGAAAAUUUUAGAAAUGAUGGGUUUGAGAAGAGUUUGGAUAUUGCUAGAAGUGUUGCAUUUGAUAUGAAUGUGGAUCCUACAUUUCCAACAAAACGUCGUAUCAUUAGGAAAAAACAACCUGGUGAAACUGAUCAUGAUGAAGAAAUACAAUCCACAGAGGAAUCUUUUAGAGUUAAUUAUUUUUUAAUUGUUGUGGAUAUGGCAAUCAAUUCAUUAAAAGAGAGAUUUGAACAACUAAAGACAUUUGAAAGUAUUUUUGGGUUUUUAUGUGAUUCAGAUACUUUGAAGUCAUUGGAUGAUAGUAAAUUAAGAAAUUGUUGCAAUCAUCUUGAAAGUGUUUUAUCUCAUAAUGAUUCAUCUGAUAUUGAUCUUAAUGAUAUGUUUUCUGAAUUAAGAGUGCUACAAAAAACUUUACCAGAAGUGUCAAUGACAGCAAUCCAAAUUUUGGAAUUUGUUAAGCAAGCUGAUUGUUAUCCAAAUGUUUCAAUUGCCUAUCGAAUCUUAUUAACUGUGCCUGUAUCUGUAGCAACAGCGGAGAGAAGUUUUUCAAAAUUGAAGUUGGUCAAAACCUACUUGCGUUCAACAAUGGCACAAGAAAGAUUGAACAAUUUGGCUAUUCUAAGCAUCGAGAAUGAGAUGUUACAAGACAUAGACGUUGAUUGUAUUAUUAAUGACUUUGCAUCAAAUAAUGCUCGAAGAAAUUGUUUUAAGAUAAUUUUGUAA